AUGGCCAACGACAGGGAGGUACUUCGAGAAAUAUGGGAUGGAAAACUACCGAUAUGUUUUCAUCUUGCUCAAGAAGAAAUAAUGGAAAUUCAACAACCUGAUCCAUUUUACGUUAUGGUGCCUCGACUUAGCUACUUUCCUCUUGUCAUCGAUAAGAUGAAACGUCACUUUCUCCGAUUCAUAUCACAAGAGAAUUCUGAUAGUGAAAUGUGGUUGGACUUUAAUGGGCAACCCUUGAAAUGGCACUAUCCCAUAGGAUUUUUGUACGAUUUGUAUUGUGGUAAUGAUCCUCAACUACCCUGGACUUUGACAGUACACUUCACAAAGUUCCCUGAAGACAUUCUUCUUCAUUGCCCAAACAAAGAUGUAGUAGAAGCACAUUAUAUGUCUACAGUGAAAGAGGCUGAUGUACUGAAACACAGAGGACAAGUGAUGUCAACUAUGCAAAAAAAGGAUCACAAUCAGUUAUGGCUUGGAUUACAAAAUGACAAGUUUGAUCAGUUUUGGGCUAUCAACAGACGUCUUAUGGAGUCACAUGGUGAUAAUGAUGGAUUCAAACACAUACCACUUAGGAUUUAUACUGAUGAUGGUGUAUACAAUCAACGCCUUGUCUGUCCUAAAAAUACUGAUAAUAGUAGAAAAACGCUACAACAGAUGAUCUCCGAGCUAUAUCCAGAAAAAUCAAAUGUUAAUCUAAGAACUCAUGGUGUAAUCAUACCUCCAGAAACUCCUCUGCAGUGGCUUUCAGAACAUCUCAGUUACCCUGACAACUUUUUACAUUUGUGUUUAUGCUGA